AUGCCGAGCCAAAGCACCACGACACCAGCAAAGAGUCUCCCCUCUGCCCGCACGAUUACCAAAGCAGUCGAUGCACUUGCAGCAAUUGACGAACGCCGACUGUCCAAGCGUCAGCGAUUCUCGAUUGAGUCCAAUGAUGCAACUGCUGAGGACCUUGACUCCGCCUCGCCCGUCAUGGACCGGUACAUUGCCGCCAAAGGGGUUGAAGUUGUUCACGCCCUCACCAACUUUUCGGCAUCCGAGCUCAACACGCUGUGGACCAAUAUCAAGCCAUUCGUGACGAAGAACUGGAACGUCGGCAGUGGACGCAAAUAUCCGGUCAUUGGGAAGGAUAUGCUCUUCAUGACUCUCGUGGCGCUAAAGCACGCGGGCACCUGGGACAUUCUUUCCGCCAGUUUUGACGGGGGUGCCACAACGUUCAGCAAUCGCAUCAACCAGUUCAUUCGCGUUCUCCAUCCAUACCUGGUCCGCAAGUACAUAGACGAGCAAGGCAUGAAGUGGACAAUGCAGCAGCUUGCCGUCGCUGGCCUGCAGUUCGCAACCCACAAGUCGGCACUAUAUGCCGUUGACGUCACCUUCCAGCACACAACUGCACCCGCGGUGUCGUUCGGCGAGAAGAAGACGUACUUUUCCAAGAAGCACGGUCUCUAUGGACACAAGGUUGAGGUGUCCGUUGCACCGAAUGGCCUGACAAUCAACGUCACGGAUUGUGCUGUGGGCAGCACCAACCGAGCGACACCAACGUCAGCGACAACCAACGACGCGCUGCGCGACAAGUUCCCGAGUCAAUGGUCCGUCCUUGCGGACAAGGGGUAUCAAGGCACCCAAGAGUACGUCCGUGGCUUCACACCGUUGAAGCGCCCACCGCACGGACAACUGACAAUGGAGCAGGAGCGGUCUAAUGCCAAGUUGUCGUCAGAUCGUGUGAUUGUGAAGAACUUCUUCGGAAGGCUCAAGACGCUGUGGGGUCUGGCGUCUGACAAGUACACGUGGAAGAAGGAUGAGUACAACAUGUACUUUCAGAUGUGUGUGGCCCUCACCAAUGUCCACAUUCGGUUCAAUCCUUUGCGGAACGUGGACGGUGAGGGCUACAAUCAGUACAAGAACCGCUUGCUCCCGAUUGGAAGCAAGAUCAAGACCAAGAACUCGUCCUUCAAGGCGAAGUAUCGCAAGAAUCGUAAGGCCCGGAUUCAGGCUGUGUUGGGUCGUGCAAACACUGGCUACACCAGCGAGGACUACGACAUUGGCUAUGAAGAUUGGAAGCAAGAUCAAGACCAAGAAAUUGUCCUCCAAGGCGAAGUAUCGCGAGAAUCGUAA